UAUUUUUUAAUGAUUUCCUAAUUGUUUGAUAUUGAUUAAUCACUUGUCAAUCUAGAACAGUGGCAUAGCAUUAGUGGAAAUUGUGAGUUACUCGGUAAAAAAACAUGUUGAAUCAAGCUACAUUCGUUGAAUUCCUUGCCAUAUUACUGGUAUACAUGGCUGCAGAAGGUACCAGCUGUGGUACAAAUCCCUGUAUGGAUGUUUCUGACAUUUGUUUAAAUUCUGGAACAUGUUACCAUGACAACAUCACCUGUCAACAUGGCUGUCAUUGUAUGGCAUCAUUCACAGGACAAAGGUGUGAAUUUCUUACAAAUUCAGUCAGCACCACGACACUGAGACCGUUGUCUACUACUUCUCCAACUCUGACAACGCCCAGUCACAGAUCAACUACGACCCUGAGACCGUGGUCGGAACGGCAAUGUUUUCCUGGAUUUGAAUGUGUGCACGGCUAUUGUGACAGAGAAGGAUCGGGUUUUAAUUGUUUGUGUGACCCUGGAUGGAAGGGGAUAUUUUGUCAUGAGUAUAUCUGCUCUUGUCCUUCCAAUGCAGAAUGUAUUGAGGAAGGUGAUACAUUUAGAUGUCAAACAAGAGAAACUGCAACUAAACUAUCUACUACGCCAAAUACACAACGUCCUACACCUGUCACUGAUAACUCCACGGCUAUACAUGCCUGCUCGGCAAAUUACACAAAACGUCCUUUGUCAGAAAGACAAUGUGUACCUAAUUUUGUCUGUGAAUAUGGCGCGUGCAAAAUGAGUGAUGGAAAUAUUGGAACAAUUUUAGAAUGCGUCUGUGAUGACGGUGGAGGAGGCGGACUUUGCCAGGAACUCUGUUGUAAGCCAUGUUCGGAGUAUGGCCAGUGCAAAUCCUUUGAGAACGGCACCGAAUAUUGUCAAUGCCGGUUCGAUCGCGAAGGAGAUUUAUGCGAGUUGAAAAAGGUUGUCUCCACAAUAGCUCCAGCUAGUACCGAGGUAGUUUUGUGGCCCCUUUGGGUCAGCGCCAUUGUACUUGUGGUUCUGCUCACGACAGCUGCUCUGCUGUUUUUCUGGAUGUGGCGGAACAGAGUAACCAUAGUGAUGAAGAUUGUCCAUUACUUUCAGGCGUAUGAGGACGACGAUGAGAAAAUGUGGGAUGCAUUUGUGUCGUACAAAUCGGCAGACGUUGACCAAGACUUCGUGUUACACACAUUGUUUCCUAAGCUUGAGAAAGAACUCGGCUUCACUCUCUGUGUACAUUUAAGGGACUUCCUACCGGGAGAAACGAUUGCUAACAAUAUUAUUCGUGCUAUUGACAACAGCAGACGAACCAUCCUGGUUCUCACGCCACGGUUCGUUACCAGCGAGUUCACAAGAUUUGAAUAUCAGAUUGCCCAGCAGGAAAUGCUAAAACGGAAACACAAGAUCAUUCCAAUACUCCUGGAGGAUAUUUCUGACGUAAACGACGAUAUGGACCCGAAUCUGAAACAGAUUAUCAAUUCGGUAACAUAUAUUGAAUAUCCUGGAAAGGAUCCUAGCGAAAAGAAGAUUAAUCAUUUCUGGAGGAAAAUUGUUCUGUCUAUGCCGAAGAAAAGAGCAAGCGAGCAGAAACAGAAGCAACAGAGGGACAUGGUUGACUAUAAACAGCCUAACGGCGUGGUCGAAAUGGCGGGAAAAAACGUUGUUGUCAAGAUUGCUGAUGAGCAAAAAGAAAAAGAAAACGAGUUUUUAGAGAAUCAACAAGGAACUAAUAUUAGAGAGUGGACGCGUCUAUGAUGAAGUUAAGUCAUGCAUCGUUGAGUAUCCGUCAAGCUCGACUACACUAUUAAAUGUGUCGUCACGUGCAGUGAUAAAUACUCGCGUACCUCGACUAGAGACUCAUUCGAACACGUAAAUUGGCAAUUGCUCGGUUUAAUUCGAAUACAUAUUGGACUUUUUAAAAUACAUGAAUUGCUAAAUAUUCUUUUAACUUGACUACUGAACGGAAUUGUUCAAAGAGGUGAAAUGGUAAUAACUCAUACAGAUUGGACAUUUUCAAACCAAUGAAAUGAUUCAAAUAUUUGUUUAACUCGAAUACUGGUCUGAAUUGUUCAAACGCGCGAAUUAGUAAAUACUCGUUAACUGGAGUUUUCCGAACUACUGGACUGAAAUAAUCGGUUAUAUGAAGUGUAGCAGCUCCCCCGCCCCCCUCCUAAAAAUCAAAAUCGUUAGUAAUAAGAAGUCUGAAAAGAAAGAAACCAUAUCUAACUGUAUCACUAUAUGUAUUUGAACAUUCCUGUGCGAUACGUAAGGUUGUUAAUAUAACGGAAUCUCGUUAGUCCGGAUACGUUUGAAUUAAUGUACAUGCGAGCUCGCCAGUCCGGAAAAGUUGGUAGGUUUCGGUGUACAAGUGAAGUCCACCCGUUCGGGCAAUUUCGUGUCGUUGUACAAUUGAAUCUCGCCAGUCCGGAAAAGCAAGUUGAUAUGUGAAUCUCGACGGUUCGGUAGGGAUAUGUUAGUUUGGGUUUAAAUGGAAAUCUUGUUAGUCCGGAUCACGUAGUUUCAGCAUGCAUGUGAAUUCCACCAAUCCAGAUAACUUAGGUUCGAUGUACAUGUGAAUUUCACCUGUCCGGAUAACGUAGUUUCGAUGUACAUAUGAAUUUCAUCAAUCUAGAUAACUUGCUUUCGCUAUACAUGUGAAUCUCGCCAAUCCGAACACGUUUGUUUGGGUUUUCAUUUGAAUCUCACCAGUCCUUAUACGUUAAGUUUUAACUUCAUUAAUGCGUUGAUUUCGGUGUACAAACAAGAGUUAGGGCAUUCCUGAUCGGUGUUGUUAGAAUGGCAUAUGAAUUAUUGAAUCACGAAAAGCUAUUAAGUACUAUUUCCUCGUUGCAGAUGAAUUACAUACAUAUACUUACUUUGAUAUACUGUGUAUACUUCCAGUUUGUUUGUUCAUCUCUGAUGAUGUAUACUUAUUAAAACGUCAGGAAGUGUUAAUGUCCUAUUUCGUGAAAGAAAUCCAGUUUUUUUAAAAUAUAUUUAUCGGAUAUCCUGUUUUCAUAUUUCGUUGUUCGUUGAAAUGUCUCUUGUAUAUAUUUCGUCCCCACGUACAAAGUAAAUCAAAGUCACGUGAUCUUCAUAUUGCGCUACUUAUAUAAUCGUUACGCAUGACGAGAUACAGAUCGCUUAAGACUUCAUCAUUCAUUGUUUGGAGUGCAUUCAUUACUGCAGACAUCGCGUCUCAACAAACAAAAACCACAAACGGACAAUGUUACCAUAUCAUCAUUCUAACUCUUAGACGAAAAGAUUAUUGAAAUUUAAGAAUUAAGAAACUGCGAGAUUUCCGAAGGUUAUUUUUAAAAAUGUGUUUGUUUUGUUUAGACAUUGAUUCAUUCUUUACUUUUUUCAUGACACUGUGUUAAUAUUUUAACCAACAUUUCAGUGUAUGAUUAAAAAUGGUUCCUACUGAUGUAAACUACACGUAUUACCUAUAAAUAUAUCCCGAAAAAGUACUAAAAAGUAAUCCCUUAUCUACCUAGUAUAUGUACAUCUUUUUUCGUUUUGUUAAUGUUUGUUGACCUGUCACAUCUGAGAAUCAAAAC